GCGGAGCUUGCAGACCCACUCAACUUGCUCCCCCGGCCGAGUGGAUUGGAACGUCACUUCAACCUUUUCCCCCAAAUUGCUCAACCUGGAUAGAAACCUCCCGUCCGUCAACUCGUAAAAACCACCCCGCAUUACCUGCUCCGCCGCAGCUUCGAAGAAUCAAUUGAGUAGUCACAUCACUUCCCGACUCCAGUACUUUUCCCUCAAUCACGCCGACUUCCCCCCGCUUGGUAGCCCUCGGCGCGUCGAGACGCGAGCUGUGCGAUUUUCAUAAACCCACAUUCGAGAACGAACGCUACGAUUCCCGAGAACCCCAACUACUUCCGAAGCUGCGACGAGCCGUGCGAAAACGAUUGAAAGCUCGCAAGAAAUAGACCAACGACAAUGGACAAGCCGAACGCGCUCGGCAUCACCGCCGAUGAAUUCAAGGCGAUUGAGCAGACGCGCCAGCGUCUGUUCCAGCUCUCCAACAGUAUCCAGGGCCUGCGGAUGGACGUCUUGAAGAGUAACCCGCUUCCUCCCCCAGCAUCCCUCCAAGCACAAUCCCAAAUCCUCCUCCGCAACCUCCAAUCCCUCCUCGAGACCCUGACGGAAAACACGCACGUCUUUCAACACCUCCACGUCUUCCCGGACGUCGCGUACCCGGGCCGCGUGCACGAGAACAUCCUGCUGCAGCUGCUUCGCAAGAAACUUGAGCCGGGCGUCGAGGAGUGGGUUGAGCGCGGGCGGGAGACGACGCGGGAGCUGCGCGGCGGCGGUGAUGGGAAUGGUGGCGGCGGCGGCGGCGGCGAGGCCCAGCUCGAGGCGGUGUGGCGCGACGUGCGCGCCUGGACCGUGGAGCGGGUGCAGAAAUACGUCCUCGAGGAGGCGGGCGACGUGUAUACCGAGGACGAGCGGCGGAUGGGGGUGGAGAAUGUGAGGACUGGGUUGAGGAGGGGGCUUGAGGAGGAGGAGGAUGAUGAGGAUGAGGAUGACGAGGAGGGGAGUGAUGAGGAGGGUGGUGGUGGUGGUGGUGAUGGGGAUGUGGUCAUGUCUGGGCAGUCGCAGACGAAGAAACCGACAAAGCCAACGGGUCCGGAGCCGGAGAUGCUCUUCUGGUUCGAGGCGCGGGGGGACUUUGAGUUACCGCGGAACGUGGACUUGUUGAGCCAGGCUGGUACGAAGCGUGGGCGGUGAUGUAGGGAGAGAGGGGGAGGGGCGAGGCGAGGGUUCAGGAGCAGGCAGGACGUGUUUGGCGCAGAGCGGAUCGAUGAUACCCGGCCGCGAUGGCGGCUCUUUGAGUAAUUGUUUUUUUCUUUUUUCCUUUUUUCGGUCUCGUCUUGCAAUACAACUUCAGGAGGGGGGUAUCGAAGAAGAAGAAGAAGAAGAAGAAGAAGAAG